AUGACCGGACUCAGACUUGACCCUGAGUACUUCGAGGCCAUUGCGUCAAGCCAGACAGGCGACAAACCGCCUCUUUUCAAAACUGCGUUUGAAAUCCGCGAGUUUACGAACCCACUCUUGACUCAAGUCUUGGCCGCGUCUCCCUACCCAUCCAAUGUCACAGAAACCGUCUUCACCAUCACAAGCUACGACGGUGCUGAGAUCCAAGUCACGCGCUUCGCCUCCGACAAGGCCCUUGCCUCAGUUGUUCCAACUCCGGCUGUUGUCUAUACACAUGGCGGUGGACUCGUCGCCUGCAGCGUCAAGAUCUUUGCUCCUCAGAUUGCCCGACAAGCUCAUGAUAGCGAUCUUCCCUACUUUGCUGUAGGCUAUCGCUUAGCUCCAGAGAAUCCUGCCCCCUGCGCCGCGGAAGACUGCUUUGCCGCACUCAAGUAUGUCUCGGAGCAUGCCGAUGAAUUCAACGUCGACCCUACCAAGAUAGCCCUCCAGGGUGAUAGCGCAGGCGGUGGUAUUGCUGCUGGCGCUGCUCUCAUUGCUCGAGACCGCCAGUUGAGUCCGCCCGUGGCUAAGCAGAUCCUAAUCUAUCCCAUGAUUGAUGAUCGCACUGAGCUUCCUCCGGAUGACCCUAUCCUUAAGCUUUUAUCCUGGCAGUCGAACGAUAACGUGGUCGCGUGGAACGCGUACGUCGGUGAGGAUAAGCGUGGGAAGCAUGACGCCGAUAUCUCGCCAUAUGCCGCACCCGCGCGAGCCACUAGCUUACGUGGUCUGCCGGCAACAUACAUUGACGUCGGAACCUUGGAUCUAUUCAGAGAUGAGGACAUUGUAUACGCAGCCCGCUUGGCCAAGGAUGAUGUAGAGGUCGAGUUCCACCUGUGGCCAGGUCUCCCUCACGGAUUUGAGGGUGUCCCCGCCACGAGUUGGUACAAGAGGGCGCAUGAGAGUCGUCUCAGCGCACUCCGGAGAAUUGGUGUAUAA